ACUCGUAAUGAACUUUUUUAUCGAAGUAGGUAGUAGCACUAGUAGGUACAGACCUAAAUAAAUAUAAAAGCUACCUAUAUAAGACACGUAGUUUAAUAAAUAAAUAAUAAUACCUAUCAUAUUGAGAAUAUUGAGAUUACGUUUCAAGAGAACAUAAUCAAACAAAAACCGGUCACUUUAUCACUAUUCUUUCUGUAACUAUCUUAUCUACAAAUUUUAAUCUUGGUUCAAUGUCUGUGUUGUGUGUUUCAAGUUUCAACAGUUCAAUUAUAAACACUAAAAUUCGUAAGUUCAUAAGCUGAAUUGAAGUUGUAUUUUUACGCAGUGAACCGUUUAUUUGGAUUCUCUUAUUGUUAUUUUGAUCAUAUUUACAUUGAAAUAUUUUAAGUACUGUUUUGGAAAAUGUCUCAAUUAGAUAAAAUUGUAGCAGCGUAUCGUAUAACUACUSAAUAUCYGGCAWUAAUAUCUGCUAGAAUACUUAAUUGCUCAAAAGCUUCUGUUAACGUUCAUUCUGUUUGGGUUCAAAGGGUUUUGGAGAGGCAAGCUAAAAUCAGGUUCCGGCAAACUGUCUUUUCAGAUUAUAAGACUUAUACUUUAAUGUCGCCACCAACUGAUAUCACUAACGAGUUGAUAAGCGCGCACUCAAAAUCAACUAAGUAUUUUUGUGUGGUUAGAGAAAUUGAAUCUGGAAAUGAAAUAAAACAGUACUUAGAAGUAUGGGAUGAUUGUUCUCUGGUGAAAAAUUAUGACUUGAGUGCUUUAGACGUGCACGGAAAAAUUUAUGCCGAUGCUGAAUUUGGAACUCUAGAGUGGUCUCCUGAUGAAACAAAAAUUGUGUAUAUUGCGGAGAAAAAAGUCCCAAAGUCAGAACCGUUUUACAAACAAAAACCAAAAGCAUCCGCUGAUAAAGAUGGGGUGCAUAAAAGUGACACUGUGCCGGGUAAACAAUAUGAUUGGAGCCAAGAUUGGGGUGAACAGUUGGUCGGAAAGAUUACUCCUGUUUUGGUGGUAUGUGAUAUAAAAACAGAUACUAUAGAUGUUCUUCCGAAUAUUCCAAAUGAUGUUAAUCCUGCAACUGCAACAUGGACACCUGAUGGAAAAGGAGUUGUGGCAAUUGGAUAUACAAUAACACCUCGUAAAUUGGGUCUCAUUUACUGUACCAAUCGUCCUAGUCAUGUAUUUUCUCUCACGUUAAAUGGUCAAUAUACUGUGUUGAGUUCCAAUUCAGAACAAUUAUCUGUGAAAACUCCUAAAUUCAAUUUGAAUGGCACAAAACUUGCUUGGUUAGAACGCUUAGCAGGUGGACCACAUCAUUCAUGCUUUAAAUUGAUGUCUUGUAAUUGGUCAACAAAAGAGAUAACUACGGUUGUUGAUUUUGACGAGAAAAUACUACAAAUCAAUAAUGAACAAUUGCCAUUCUAUGGUUUGUAUAAUCAAGCUAUACCAAGUAGAUGUUGGCUGAAUGAUGACAAAACCAUUGUGCUAAGCACUCCUCAAGGAGGUUCGGUACAUACAUUCGCUAUUGAUACUGAGUCAAAAGAUAUUCAUUAUCUUCCAAUCACAAAACCAUUUCAUGAAAGUAAUAGUGUAUUAGACGUUUGCAAUGAUGUUUUAGUUUGUUAUAAAUCAUCRCUUAAUAAGCCUGGACAAUUAUUUGUAAUCAAGCUUCUUUCUACAUUUGAAGCUUAUGAUUUUACCAAUAUUUCCAUCCACGAAAUGUCACCAUCUCUUAGUCUUCCUAAUAGUGAAAUCUUUGUUGUUGAGCAUGGUUAUACUCUUUACAAUAAACCAACUACAAUUUUCUAUGGGCCUAAAAACAAUAACUGUCCUUUGAUUAUAUGGCCACAUGGUGGCCCUCAUGCAUCAUCUUUGGACUCUUUUAUUGCCGACGCUGCAUUCUUUAUUCAAAUAGGUUUUCCUGUGUUAUUUAUCAAUUACAGAGRAUCGACUGGCCUUGGUAAAGGUUAUGUUGARUCAUUACUUGGUAAGAUAGGUGAUGCUGAUGUCAAAGAUGUUUAUAAUGCAGUUCAAUCCAAUCCUUUAUGGUCUAAUAGAAAAUUAGUGUUACAUGGUGAUUCACAUGAUGGUUUUUUGGUUACACAAUUAAGUGGACAGUAUCCAUCUGAGUUUAAAGCAGUGUGCGCUUUGAAUCCUGUUACUGAUUUGAUUACUAUGUUUGGGACAACUGAUAUCCCUGAAUGGGAUAUUACAGAAGGUGGUUAUAAUUACUCUGAAGUAGAUAGCAUAGCAAAUUCAAAAGAUAUUUUAAUGAAAUUAGCUGAUUGUUCGCCAUGUAAAAAUGUUCAUAAAGUUCAAGCUCCUACUCUUUUACUGCUUGGUGAAAAAGAUUUACGUGUUCCUCCAUCUCAAGGUCUGGCAUAUUACCAUCUUCUUAAGAAGCAUGGUGUUACAGCUAGAGUGUUGAUGUACAAUGACUGCCAUCCAUUAAGCACUGUUGCCGCAGAUAUGGAUAGUUCAAUAAACACUGCAUUAUGGUUUAAAAAAUAUACAAGUGAUGAUUCUGAAUAAUUUACUAUUAUAGACUAUAGUAUAUAUACAAAAUAUAUUGUUCAUGCCCUAUCCAUUUAUAAAUUAUCCAUAACUAUUUGUAUAAGAUGCCAAAUUGAAAAACUAACUAUUUUAAAUCACAGUUUUGGUUUAAGAAUAUUAUUGGCUUAAAGUACAUCAUUAUCUAUAAUAUAUAAA